AUGCGAUACUCAGCAGGCGCAGCGACUGGUAUUUUGACUGUUGGUGGUAAUGGAGCUGGGAAUACAAAUAAUCAGCUGAACUCACCAAAUGGUAUCUAUUUCGAUUCAACAUCAAAUAGUCUUGUGAUCGCUAAUACUGGAGGUAACAAUAUCGUUCACUGGGUUAUAACACAACCUACAUGGACACUUCUUGCCGGUAAUAGUGAUGGAACGGCUGGUACUUCAUCAACAGCACUUAGUGCUCCCAUCGGUGUAACAUUAGAUUCCGUGGGCAACAUGUACGUGGCCGAUACAGGAAAUCAUCGGAUACAGUUGUUUAAGGUUGGCCAAACUAAUGGUAUUACCAUCGCAGGAGUAACUGGAACACUCGGCAAUACUGUCUUCUUACUAAAUAAGCCCUCUGCUGUUAGACUAGACAGUCAAGGUAAUUUGUACGUGGCCGACACAAAAAAUAACCGCAUACAAAAGUUCACAUGCAUUUAAAGCUAGGGUUAGCCCACCUCGAUGAAACCUUGAACAUGCUUCCUUCUUUUACUUUUACUCAACCACGCAUACUUUAAAAAUAACUCGGUUUUAGUGUUCGUAUCGAAUGGUCUAGGAGCCAUAGCUGAUAUGUAUCACAACUUCUUCACAUAAUUUCUCGAUACUAAUUUUUUUUUCUUUCCAUAAUAAAACAUAUAUAAUGGGGUAUGGGUUUAUUAAUCGAAAACAGCUCGACUUAAUUCUUGAAAAAAAGACAAAUUCAAUCUGCUAAUCUCGACUUUUGCUUUGCAAGAAUCAAUUAAGUCGAAAAUUAAUUAACAAUAGAAUGGUAAAUUCGUUUGCUUGAUUAGAAAGAUUCGAUUCGUUCUACGAGUUUCCAGGAAACUGAUUUUACUGCAGAGAUAUGAGUAACGAAUUUAGAAGGAGCAUAAUGGUCGUAAUGGUAAUAAUGGGCGUUCUGCCCACCUAUCUACUUCCCGGAAAGGCAUCUGGGUUUCCGAGGCAGUAAUAGAGAUUCUGAAAUACAAAACAGGGUAAGUAUUCUAACAAUUCAAUUAACAAAAGUGUUAUCUGCAACCACAUCCUGCCGAGCACCCACCCCGACCGAAACGCCAUGUGAUUCCUUCCAUCGCACCCACACUGAGAUGUAUCCCCCCCUCCCCCCCUCCCCCCGAUACGUUUUCGCACACCCACACCCGUCAAUUAUGUCUAUUGUGGCCAUUAUGUUCAUUUCGGCGAUUAUGUCGAUGGCCAAAUUCUAGGGAAAGCUGUGUUCCGGUUAUGGAAAAGAGAUUCGGUUCCCAAAAAGCAAUAUCGGUUUCCAGAAAUUGAUCGAGUGUCCGAAAAGCAAUUGAAUUUUCUGGAACCUUCUAUGACGCAUCAAAUGAUUAGAAGUAUUUAAGAAAUGCAGAGUUCAAUUCACCAACAUGUCUUGUGACAUUCCAUUGGAAUGUACACACUCAUUAGGGCUAUACUAUUAUUUCAGGCAUGAC